CAGACGUCUACGCAUAGUUAGAGGGGUUAUCUGGACUUUUUCCCAAAAAAAAAAAACGCAAAAAGAUCGCAUUUUUCGUCGCCGCUCUUCUACUCGAGUUCUUCGAAAUCGUCAAACUCCUCGAGUUCUUCAUGGUGUCGAUUCGGGAUCAGAAGCAUCGCGCUCCCCCUCUGUUGCUCUGAUCGGCCUCACUCCAGUUCGGCGCGAGAUUUGGAUUAGGGGGAGGGAGAGCAGCGGCGGCUGCCAUGUUUGGGUCCAGGGUCCAGGAUGAGGUGGAGAUGCAGAGGAGGACCAACAACAGGAUCUUUCCUGGUGAGAGAAAAGAUCAAUCUAAACAACUAUACCUAGCUACACGGCCUGACAGAUUUGGUGGAAAUAGGAUAGAUGCAAAGAAUCCUGAGAAGCUUAAGGUGUUCAAUGAAGGCAACAAACCCUGGCAUCGGCGCAUUAUAGACCCUGGAAGUAAUAUUGUACUGAGAUGGAACAGGGUGUAUCUUGUGGCAUGUUUGUUUGCUCUUUUUCUUGAUCCCUUCUUCUACUACCUUCCAUUGGUUACACAAGAAAAAAUUACUGGAUCUCCAUGUGUUGCCAAGGACCAGCGACUGAGCAUAACUAUCACUGUCCUACGGUCACUUUUUGACUUGUUUUACAUGUUGAACAUCGCAAUCAAGUUUCAUACUGCAUAUGUGGAUCCAAAGUCCCGAGUACUUGGAAAAGGAGAGCUUGUUGUGGAUAUAAAGAAGAUUCAACAAAGAUAUAUCAGAACUGAUUUCUGUAUAGACUUACUUGCAGCUGUGCCACUUCCACAGGUUACUGUUUGGUUAAUUAUGCCUGCGAUAAAAAACUCAGAUUAUAACAUCCGGAACACUACAUUUGCGCUCAUAAUUGUGAUUCAAUAUAUCAUAAGAAUGUAUCUCAUUGUCCCUUUAAGCAAUCAGAUCAUCAAAGCUGCUGGAGUGGUUGCAAAGUCAGCCUGGGGAGGAGCAGCAUACAAUCUUCUGCUCUACAUGCUUGCAAGCCAUAUUACUGGGGCAAUAUACUAUCUUCUCUCAAUUGAACGACAGAUUACAUGUUGGGAUCAGCAGUGCCUUGCUGAGGCCAGUAACAAAUCUUGUAGCCUUAGAUUCAUAAAUUGUGAGAAUACUGGUUCUAACGAUUAUCUUGUGUGGCAAAAGGAUACACAUAUAUUUAACUACUGUGAUGCCACUGUUACUAACCCACAAUUUAACUACGGAAUGUUUAUAAGUGCUCUGGGUAAAGGUGCUGUCUCAACUUCAUUCCUUGAGAAGUUCUUCUUUUGUCUGUGGUGGGGCUUGCUGCAGCUUAGUUCAAGUGGAAAUCCUCUUCAGACAAGUGCAUUCAUUGCAGAAAAUACAUUUGCCAUUGCAAUCGGUGCUCUCAGCCUCGUACUCUUUGCUCAGCUGAUUGGCAAUAUGCAGACAUACUUGCAGUCUAUCAGUAAGAGGCUUGAAGAGUGGAGAUUGAGGCAAAGGGACAUGGAUGAGUGGAUGAGACAUCAUCAACUCCCAACGGACCUUCAAGAACGUGUCCGGCGAUUUGUUCAAGUUAAAUGGCUUGCAACACGAGGAGUAGAAGAAGAGUCCAUCUUGCAAGCUUUGCCUGCUGACAUACGUCGGGAUGUGCAACGCCAUCUUUGUUUGGACCUUGUUCGACGUGUCCCUUUUUUCUCUGAGAUGGAUGACCAACUUCUUGAUGCCAUCUGUGAGCGGCUGGUGUCUUUCCUGUUUCCCGAGAAUACAUACAUUUCUCGCGAGGGUGAUCCUGUGAACGAGAUGCUUUUCAUCAUUCGUGGCAAACUGGAGAGUUCAACAACCAACGGUGGACGUAGCAACUUCUUCGACUCUAUCAUCCUGCGCCCAGGUGAUUUCGCUGGUGAGGAACUGCUCACAUGGGCUCUUCUUCCAAAGACCAACGUCCACCUCCCGCUUUCGACAAGGACCGUGUGGAGCCUCACAGAGGUGGAAGCCUUCGCUCUGCGAGCUGAGGACCUGAAGUUCGUCGCAAACCAGUUCCGAAGGCUUCACAGCAAGAAACUCCAGCACACAUUCCGGUUCUACUCCCACCACUGGAGGACAUGGGCUGCCUGCUUCAUCCAGGCGGCAUGGCGGCAGCACCAGAGAAGGAAGAUGGCUGAGAGCCUCAGCCGAUGGGAGUCAUACUCAUGGUGGUCAGAGGAUCACCCAGCUGCUGAUAAACCCAGACAGGAGGGCACCUCAAGCGGUGGCUCAAAGACAAUUGCCGAGGGCGCCAUUGCCCAUAUGCAUAAGCUCGCAUCUGCUUCCAGAAGGUUCCGCGCUGAGGACACCGCAAUUCGCAGGUUGCAGAAGCCUGACGAGCCCGACUUUUCGGCAGACCAUUUCGACUGAAGCUGAUGCUUUGCGCUGGAAAUACAUGUUAUAUAAUUACAACCAUCGUAUCCUAAUGUAAUUCUAUAGUACACAAGAAUGUAUGAGUUGUGAGUGGCGAUAGAAAAGAUGUACUAUCAUGUAAAUCUGGACUCCAGACUCUACCCUGCUAAUGUAUACACUUCUUUGUGCAAUGAACAUGAACUUGAAAAGUUUUGAAGUUCAUAUGUUUCAGUUUCAGAGGUGGCAAUGACGCUGGACUCUGUUCAGGCACAUUAUUACUGGAUCGUCAGAUCUGCAUCAA